AUAACCGACAUUAGCUACAAUACAUGGUAUCAUUCGAUGUCUAAACUGAGAGGUCAAUAAAGCCAGGAAGACCGGUUGAAGGGCGAGUUAACGUAAACUGGCAAGCGUCGUCAGCUAACAGUAGAGCGCAACUAACGUUAAACACAACUAGCUAGCUAGCCGUGCUUUAGCGUUCUCAAACUCUAGGCGGCAUUCUGCAUUCUCCAUACAGUUCACAGCCAUAGCUUCGCCCACGACUGCCUCAUGUGAACUCGAAUCCCCUACGCUGUGGUUAACGUUUAGAAACGUCAGUAAUCAUCGCUUUCGAAACAUAUGGCCGUUAUCUUUCAUCAACGAUAAAUAAUCCUUCAAAUAAAAAAUACUUAAUGUUGCAGUUUUAAUCCAUCGCGCUAUGGGUGUCUCCAUCCAGCGAAGCUAACCAAGAUGUUGGAAGACCUAACUAUCAGUGUCUGAAGACUGCUUAUUAAACACACAAGUAGCCAACUGAGCCCAGCACUGAUUAGGUGUCCUCUGCACAGUGAAUAAGCAAGAUCAAUCACCAUGGAAACCGAAGCAAAGCGACUCACAGCCCAUGUGUCUUUCCUGGUUAUGCAAUGGAACUCCUCUGUGCCCUACUUCCGCCGUUACGUCAAGAAGGUGGAGACGCUGAGGAAACCCGCGGUGACGGCUAUGAACCACACCAGCUCCCUGCAGGACGAGCUGAGGAGACUCCACUCUCUCCGUUGGCACAGAGUCUGGUCGGGAAUUUGCAAACUCAACCCCCUUGACACCUGACCCCCUCUCCCCCGACGACACCAGCAUGAGCUUUUCAAUGGCAGACUUCAAGAUGGCGCCCUACCAGCCCGCUGCCUCUGCCUCCUUCGUCAUCAGCGACGUGAUGAGGAGGACGUGGUGUCCAUUGUAUCGGAGCUGAUGCCAGACCCCCUGCCACUUGCGAACAUGUCGGCCUUCAUGACGACCUUUGACCUGGACCGUUGUUACGGAUACAAGUAUCCUGUGUGUGUGUUUCUUUUCUCUCCUUCUCCCCUCACAGGUGAAAAUCAUCACUCCCCAAUCAGUCAACAAUCAAUCAUCAAUCA